AUGUUUAUAGUGGCUAAGAAGCAGUCGGAUUGUUAUACAAACGAUCUCAAUUUGAAUACCGAAUCGUUUCAAAAUGUUUAUCAGCGAGCUAUAUUCUCACAUUUAUCCAGUAGUUGCCAAGAUCGAGAUUUAAUUCGAAUUCUCCGAUGCCGAGUUAUAAAAAAUGAGAUUUUGGAAACACGGCUGGAAUUGAUAUCGCAAUAUGGCGUAUCUGUUCACAACAAUUUCGUUGGCGAUUUAGGUGAACCGUCAUAUGGUGUAUAUUUAUCAGAAAAUCCUGAUUUGGUUACUCCAGCUCCAUUUAUUGGGCGAAUUAAAUUGAGAAUUUUGGUUUGCCAGAUUUUGAAAGGAAAAUGCAAUAUUGUUGGAUUAGGUUCUUACCAUUUAAUGCCUACUAAAGGAUGCCAAUCACAUGCAGCUGUUCAGCCACUAGAUUGUAAAUUAACCCGGCAUGAUAAUUAUCGAUACCAUCAGUUAUUUUUAUUCGAAGAAAAUGAAGAAAAAUAUAUGAAAUCUCCGGCAAACGUUUUACCUUAUGCUGCAUAUGAAGUGGAGUUUGCCCAAAACACUGUCCUAUCAUUCAAGGCACUGGAUUGUACAGUUUGGAGUGGUAGUUUAUUGAUCGGAAAUAGACGCUAUGACCGCAUUUCACUGAAUUCAUUAGCAUCAGCUGCCAAACCUCCUCUUCUAGAUACGUUUCAAAUCACUGAUCUUAUUCCUUGGACCGCAUGUCUGGCUUUUCCGCCGAUUCUCGAGUUAUUAAAACCACCAACUCUCGGAGAAAUUGGUUUAAAAAAAGAGGCUAGUUCAGUACUUCUAAAUGAUACGAAGCGUCGAGUAUAUUAUUUCACACUGUUUUCCGAAGAUGAUUCUCAAGAUAUUGUUUUGCUUCAUGAAUCUAUGAGGAUAAGACGAGCUUUAGGAGUAACCAUCUUUCCAUCUAUUGGAAUAUUUAUUCUUAUACCCAAUGGAUUAUUUAGUGAUUUGCUGUCGAUCCCGAAAAAAAGUGGCAAUAUUUUUCAUUGUUUAUAUUUUACUUCCAGUCUGGAUUUUUCGUUAAUACAUGGCGCAUUUGAUACUAUGUCAAUUGAAGAAAAUGAUGAAUUCUUACGGCCGCUUCUGCUUCAAGAGCGAGUUGAUGGCCUUGAUGCUCGAGUUCAAGAGUUGGUUCGAAAUGUAGCUAAGAAAGUGCUGAUCUCGGAAGAAAAUGUUACUAAGAAGUUAAUAAUUCAAAGAGAUAUUCUAAAUACAGCUCCUGUUGAUAUGGAUAUAGAUGACAGUGACAAUGAAAAUGAAAAAUUAAAAUGGCAACAUGAACAGCACUCAUCAGAUUUAAGUUUUGAAUCAAGUACAUCAAGCUCAUUCAACAAGAUGCUUUCAAAAGUUAAGUCUUGUGAUCCUCGACGUGAGAAAUUGUUACAUAGCCGAGAUCCGAGAAAGCGUCCUUUCAGUCAUCUAAAAUCACCGACUUUGUCUUGCAGUGCCGAGAAAAGAAAGUAUUCGAACUGGAGCUCAGUUCAAACAAAUUCAGAUACAGAAAAGAAGGUUUCGUUAAAAAGUUGGUAUGAUAGAACUGAUUUUCCGGUGGGUUUAAAAUUUCAGUUUGCAUCCAUGUCAUCUGAUUUAUGUUCAACAGAAUAUCGUAACCAUUCACCAUCAGACCUUUUAUUUGAUGGAAAUUCUUCACCAAAAACUACCUCACAAGUCCAGCAAUCUCUAGAAUCAGUUUCUUCAAAUUUAUGUGCAAUUUCCAGUGCGCAUAAUGAUACUGAUUCACCUGCAAGCCCUCCUCAAGAAUCCGGAGUAUUUGUUGCUACAGCACCGAAGAUCAUCUCUGAUCAUGACAUUCGGUCUGUUGCCGAUUCUUCAUUUCAUAUGCCGGUUCCGCAGUAUCGGCCUCCCGAAGUUACACCAUUUACAGCUUUAACAUCGACAGAAGCAUUGAAAAACUCCAUAUCUUUGACCAAUAAGCAGCAUAGAAGUGAAGUGGAAAAAACACCUAUUACCACUUUUAUCGAUAGUGAAAAACCAGAAGAGUCCAUGUUACUCUUACCAGAGUUGAUUUCUUUUCCAAGCAGUAUUAAGAACAAUAUUGCUGUUGGCAGAGAAAUGGCUUCCUCAAUCCAGUCUCCAGAACAUUUGCGAUGGAAUUUAUUUCCUCACAUAAAGAUCGAUGAUAAAGAUACGUCGCUACGGAUACCUGAAACAGAUUCAUCCAAUACUGGUGAUGUUGACAUGCGUACAAUGCAUAGAAACUCAUUUGUUCAAGAUGUCUCACAUGAUGCCUCGUCGUCAACAGCAGCUUCUAGUGUUCCUGUUAUGAAAAGACCCAUUGUACUAUCUAAUGGUGAUACCGAUCACCGUAUAAUUUCUCCAUCUAUUCGACCUUCCACUUCUACGCAACAACCCCCUUCUGGGAAUCUUGCAGAAAAAACUAUCAGACUAUCUCACGACCAUUCAUUUUCACCAUUAACAACUUUUCCUUCUGUUAGACCUCCUGUGUAUCGUGAUGUUCCUUCAACGAGUCAUAGCACUGGAUUUAAUCAGCCUCGAACAUAUGGGUUUUUCAAUCAACCUGCUGUUAGUUGCCAGGCAAAGCCAUAUUUCAAAAGAAGUAUCACAAAUAACAACUAUCUAUCAAGGCCACAAAGGCGGGGAGUGUUUGUAAUUGAUAGUGCGCUACUAACGAUUGGUUCUUUAGAACCAGAGUUUUUCCGUCUAGUCUUAGACCGUUUCUUAUAUUGGAAGAAAAAUGGCUCUAUUUCUUGGUUGGUGAAACUUCAUACACAUGUGAGGCAAGCAUUAUCAUCUAGUGGACUUGCAUCCAGCUCAAAUCCAAAACUUGGGGAAAGAUAUAUUCGUUAUGAAGAAAUAAUAGCCGAAUAUGAAAACCAUAAAAUACUACAAACAAUGAAACCACAUGAAUGCGAUAAAAAAACGUAUGAUAUGAAUAUGGUGCUCAAAUGUUUAACUCACAUCGCAAACACGAGUAAAAAGUAUUCCAUGAUUUAUUUGACCGAUGUCAUCAAAGAUUCACCCAUUGGUCAACAAAUAACGUGCUUGGGUUUUGAAGUAUGCUGCUCAUCAGAUUUGCGGAAAAAGUUCAGUCUUUCAUAG